GGUUAUUUGGCCGUUGAGAGAGCCGGUAUAACACGGUCACCCAAACUCCCAUUUCAUUUGUUCUUCCGGCAAUCAUCCGCAUGCUUUCUCCCAUCGUCGGCGUGCUCGCUGAAGACUCGGUGUCUGAUUAGUGUCUCUGUGUGAUAGUGUUCUAAUGUUUCCUCCGGAUUAUCGCAGCUGCGACCCACCGGAAGUCUUUGAGUAAAGAACCCUCAUCGGGUCACCGGAACAUGUGCCAUACCCGGAAUUGAUCGAUUUUAAUAUGGCUAGAUACAAGAUAAUUUAUUUGCUACUCCUCACAUACAACGUUUGUGUGUCAGCCGAAGAAGCUGAGGAUCGAACAAUUUCUCUCAAACCUCCCGACAAGCUUCUACUCCAAAAAUCCUCUCCUUACAAAAAAGAAGAACCUUCCUUUUUUUCGAAAUUAAGCAAUUGGUUCUUCCCUUCAAAAGAUUCAGUACCUGCAGAAGGCCAUCACAGUGGUCCUCAAUACUUACCUCCCCAGCCAUACCAAAGCCAAACUGGUUGCAACCCCUGUAACAAAGCCCCCUGGAUCCCAAUUGCGUCCAGUGUAGGGCACAACACUUUAAUUAAUUUUGUACCGCCUUCUAGUCAUCUGGAAGAUUUAAGGCCGCCACCGACCCACUAUGGACCCCCUUCCCCCCAAUAUGGCCCUCCUCCUUCUGCCCAAUAUGGACCUCCCUUAUCACAGUACGGCCCUCCUCCUUUCUCUCAAUCACAUGGACCUCCUCCUUCUCCACAAUAUGGACCUCCAAUUAAAUUACAGUCGCAAUACGGACCUCCACCUCCACCCCAAUAUGGGCCACCUUCCCCCAUUAAAUUAACCCAAAUUUCACCUCCUUCAUCUCAGUAUGGUCCUCCCCCUUCGUCGCAUGUCAAACCUUUACCAUCCCAAUAUGGAGCCCCAAUUUUCAGACCUAAACCUAGUACUGACAAUUUUGGACUUUCCAUGCAGCAUUUGAGACCGCCUCCAAUCACUCAUUUGAAACCUGUUUUCAACAAUUACGCUCCAAUAGGAAUGCUACCACCUCCCUUGAGGGGAAGUUACCAUUCGUUACCAACAGUAUCAAGUCAAGGUUAUGACUUGCCACCCCCACCACCUCCACCUUCUGAUAGUUACGGAGCUCCUGUAUCAGGACCCAACGCUGAUUACCCCAUCAGAGAAGAAUAUUUACCCCCAGUUGAACAGUUGCCAUUGUCUUCGAACGUUCCUUUGCCUUUACCUAAUUUAAGUCCUGGACCUGUUUUACCCAUCCAUAAUGCUCAAAAUUUCCACGAUAGUAUUCCCCAACAAGGAGAAAAUUAUGAAGUGAAAGCACAUGACAAUGUUCAAGUGUUACCAAGUGUUAAAGUUGCGGACUUUUUAGCAUCAAUUGAACAUCCAAUUAAUGUUGUUCAGUCACCUUUGGUUGAAGUUUCAGUGAAAAAUACUGAAGAUUUUGUUGAAGAAAAUCAUGAAAAUUUAGCGAAAAAUGUAGCUCCUAAAGAAAAUAGUGAUGUUCGACCUGGAGGAUUUUAUAGUGACAAUUCGGGGAAAUUAAGUGAAAAUCCCAUUGUAGUAGAAGACACGCAUACUGCUGCAAGUGCUGUCAAUGUGACGUUCCAAACAAAUCAUCUUCCGGACGAAAAUAGACAAUCACAGUUUAGGUCUGAAAGCCAAACUAUUCUAAAUGCUGAUAUUAUUAAACAACUCUUGUUCACUCAAGAGGCUACAAGUUCUAAUAAUACUUUUACACCUCCUCCAACCAUGGAUUAUAGUAACUGGCAACCAAGAUGGCCUAAUUCAAUGGUACCCCCUGCAAUAGGACCUACGACAUGGCUACAACCCGUAUCUUCAACAACGAAAAGGCCGAAGCAAAUACAGAUUAUUGUUCCUUAUGUUAGUCAAAAAAAACCGGUUCCGUUUGAUAAGAAUGUGGGAAGAAUGGUACCAUCGAGACCUUAUACUACCCUUCUCCCGGUUUAUUCACCACCUUCAACAACUGAAGAAGUUUGGUCAAAAUUCAUUGGAGAUUUCAACCUAGCGGAGUCAAAAAAAGUGACUGCUACGGCUUUCACCCCCCCGACUACUCAAGUUUACAAUAUUAGGGAUUUACUAAGAGAUACAAAACAGUUCUACCCUUCCGAAAAUCUACCAUUUGAUGUGAUUUCGCUGCAAAAUAAUAUCGACGACUGGACUCAACAAGCCUACUCAAAGACGAUUCAACAAGACCAGAAAAGUAGUACAAGUGCAAAAUUUGUGCCGUCGAAAAAAAUUCCAGAUGAGUAUUUCACAACUCAAGCUUAUAGUGAAACUACUACCAUUGCUUUUGAUCACGAACAAGCCGGUUCAAAUAAAAAAGAGACUAAAUUAGAAGAUGAUAUUGAAACCAAUUUGAUUUACAAAGAAACAACAACUGAAACUCCUACGACGACCCAAAAACCGUCUUGGGAUACUGUAAGUGUUACAGUAUCACCCAUUACGAAAGAAAAAGUUUACAUAGUGACACCCCAACCUUACGAUUCUCGCGCUACGACCCCCAUUACAGCAUGGAGUCACCCCCCGAGAGUACAAAAUUUGAACAAAACAGUUGUUCCAACCCCAAAAUUCAUGGUUCGAGUUGAUCCAGAAGAUAAGAAAAGUAGAGAAAGACUGAACCAAAAUACCGGCCCUUUGACUGUUGUUUUCAGCGAAUGGCCGCAUUUGAUUAAUAAUUUGCAAACGACUACAACGCUCAAGCCGCCAACAUCUAAACAUCCAUUGCUUGGUUUGAUGGAUCUUUCUGCAUACACGCCGCCUCCCAAUUCAACAGUACAGACAAUUUCAGGACAUUCGAGAGUGGUAACUGUCGUGAAUGUUGUGACACAAGCUACAGUCGCUGAAAAGGACAGAGUGGAAGUGAAGAAGAAACUGUCGUGAAAGUUGGAAUAUAAACUACAUGACCACAAAAACAGUGCAAUAAACCGUAAUUUAAGUGCAAGUUAAAUGUAAGUAAAAGUGCAGGACUUCCAACGUUUGUAUGAGUACAAUUAUAAUAGCCUUGAGUAUUUUUACGUUUUUGUAAGAGGUUUUAAUUUAUAAUAAUGUAUUAUAUUUUUAUUUAUAUUUUUGAAUAAAGUAUAAGAUAUUGAAAAA